CUCAAAGAAUUUUAUUCCAUUUUUGCUCCCUCUUCACUUCCGCCGCAUCGUGAACCCUAAUUUUACCUCCUCUCUCUCUCUCUCGAAUGUUCCGCCUGAAACCUCAACUCUUCAUCAUCCUCCUCUCCCUCGUCGGCUUUCUUGGGUUCCGGCAGCCGACCUCUCUGCAUUCGUCUCUCACCGUGCCCGAAAAUACCUUCGCCAUAUCCCCCCAAAUCCCUAUGAUUUAAACCAUUCGUCUCUCACCGUGCCCUAGUUCUUUUCUGAAAAUAUUAUCUGAGGGAUUUGGGUUUCUUUUGGCCGUGAUUUGUUUGAUUUCGCCGGUUAAAUGUCGAGAUUUUACCCUGAUCUGUUCGAUUUUGACUGGAUGGCGUCUUUGCAAACGUGGGUUGAAUUGACGGUGAUAGAAGAUAGAUGCAGAGAAGAGGCGGCUCGCCGAGCUUCAACCCAAGAAGGUAAACGGUCGAUUUCUCCAUCUUCUCCCUGUCCUUUGACGAAUUCCGGUGAACAGCCGGUGUCCGCUUCAAGUUUCAUUUCUGAUGCUUACCCUGAUUCAUUCUUCUUUUGUGAGGAAAAUUGGGAGCAUCGAAACAUGAGCGAUGCUGUUGAAUCUAUGAUGCGGAUCCUGCUUCCUGCGUUCUUUUUGCUGCCCAUACCCGAUUGAUAGUGCUUCGUGAGCUGCUCCAUUUUGUAAUAGCUGCUGCAAUCUUCCCCCUAGAAGGCUUCCCCUUCUUGCUGUCUUCAAGGAGAAACUGGAUUAUGGCUGCUCUCUCAAAUGUAGAGAGAUCUUUUCUCCUAGCCAU